AGCGCUGUAAGCCACAAAACCAGACCAUAAAAAAAGUUGAAAGAAAAAAACAACGAAACCGCAGAGAGCUUUCGGAAAGAAGAGGUAGAAAGAAGAAGAGGAAAGCUAGAAGGGCUUUCGUUAAGCUCCUCGCAGCCUUCUAAGGUCUUAACAGAGAGACACAAUGGGAGCCGGUGGACGUAUGUCGGCUCCGGCCGCCGCCGCCAUCGACCACCGUGAGAAGAGCGUCAGCCGCGUCCCCUCCGCGAAGCCGCCGUUCUCCCUCGGCGACCUCAAGAAAGCCAUUCCUCCCCACUGCUUCCGCCGCUCCCUCGCCCGCUCCUUCUCCUACGUCGUUUUCGACCUCGCCGUCGUCUCGCUUCUCUACUACAUCGCCGCCGCGUACUUCCCCCUCCUCCCGCCGCCGCUCCGCUGCGCCGCCUGGCCCCUCUACUGGACCCUCCAAGGCUGCGUUGCCACCGGCGUCUGGGUCAUCGCCCACGAGUGCGGCCACCACGCCUUCAGCGAUUACCAGUGGGUCGACGACACCGUCGGCCUCGUCCUCCACUCGCUCCUCCUCGUCCCGUACUUCUCGUGGAAGUACAGCCACCGCCGCCACCACUCCAACACGGGUUCCCUCGACCGCGACGAGGUGUUCGUCCCGAAGCCGAAGUCUGAAAUCGCGUGGUUCUCGAAAUACCUCAACAACCCGCCGGGCCGGGUCGCGACGCUCGUUGUCACGCUCACGCUUGGCUGGCCGUUGUAUUUAGCCUUCAACGUCUCCGGCCGGCCUUACGACCGCUUCGCCUGCCACUACGACCCGUAUGGCCCGAUCUACAACGACCGCGAACGCCUCCAGAUCCUCAUCUCCGACGUCGGCGUCAUCGCCGCUUUGUGCGCACUCUACGCUGCGGCGGCGGCGAAUGGCGUGAUCUGGGUUGUAUGCAUUUACGGCGUACCGUUGAUGAUCGUGAACGGGUUUCUCGUGUUAAUUACGUACCUUCAGCACACCCACCCGGCGCUGCCGCACUACGACUCGUCGGAGUGGGAUUGGCUGCGGGGUGCGCUGGCGACGGUCGAUCGGGAUUACGGAAUCCUCAACAAGGUGUUCCAUAACAUUACCGACACUCACGUCGCGCACCAUUUAUUCUCGACGAUGCCUCAUUACAAUGCGAUGGAGGCGACGAGAGCGAUCAAGCCGAUACUAGGGGAGUACUAUCAGUUCGACGGGAUGCCGUUUUACAAGGCGAUGUGGCGGGAGGCGAAGGAGUGUCUGUACGUGGAGGCCGACGAGCCCGGGAAGGGAGUGUACUGGUAUAAGAACAAGUUUUAAGGCUGAAUAACAGCAGCAGGUUGUAAUAGUAUUACUAUGAUGGAUGGUGUCUGCGAGUCUUUGUCAUUGUAGGAAUGCGGCAGCAGCCAUGGAUGGAUCAAGAACAUCCUUAAGUUUGUAGCCGUUUUGGGGAGUGGAUGAUUUGUAAUGAAACCUUAUUCUAAGGUCCAAUGUUUGUGCUUUUUGUC